AUGAUGACUCCUACCGCCUCCUCUGACACUCUAAUAACUCCUUCGUCUCCCGUCCGCGUCUCAAAGUCGACCCCCAAGCCCACAUCCAUGGCCAUGGAGAUGGACUUGCUAUCACCAGCCGAGUCCCCACCACCCGCGAUCUCAAAACUCCUCCGCGAAGCUAGUGACAUCACAUGGCUGGAAUCCCAGGAAUCAAAAAAAGGCCAAAUUGUACUAGUCCGGCGAAGGGGUCGAUUCCGCUUACUGCACCAGCAGCAAUUCAAAAACAGCUUGCUCGCUGGUGUCGGGUACCUCGAGCUAGCGAACGCCGCCGACUUCGCUGCCAACGUCUGGAACGAGAUCCCCGUUCCGAAAUUUGCUGCUGUGCUGAUGGGAAUUGGGGGUACACUGGCCUUGGGAAUGGUGUUCGUUGUUAUUUAUGAUUUUCGACUGAGCUGGAUAAAUGUUAAACUGCUGCGAGCGGAGCGGGCUCGCCUGCAGCGUCUGCGACAAUACCAUGACAAGAACGCAGAGUUGGUCCGCCUCAUUGACAGCCGUCUUGGGGUGGGAAUGCGUGAAAUUGGCACUGAAGUGAUUGACCGGAUCGUGAUGGAUGUGCUGAUGGGAUUCGGCUCGGUGUUGGUCGGCGUUGGAACUCUGAUGGCCAUUGGCGGUGCCAACCCUCGGGUCUUCAAAGCCAGUAAUCUGCUUUCUGGGUAUAUUGGAAAUAGCUUGGCUGCAAUAUUUGGCCUUGUGAAUGCCAUCUGGUCUGUCUAUCUCUUUUACCGGUUCCAUAUGCACGAUGUUGCUGCGUCUGCCCGCGAACCCAGUGAUGACAUCCGUCGUCGUCUACAUACUCGCUUCCAUCGCUUCCAAUGGCAUGCUGGUAUCAAUGGAUUCAAUGGCAUUGUUGCUGGUGCUGCUUCGAUGGUCACUGCUAAGCAUUGGUGGGGAUACGUUGUCCUGAUUCCGUGUAUUAUCUCUUUGGUGUUAUGCAACUAUUUCUGGAGGAUAAAGCUGGGCUAUGACCGCCCACUCCUUGGUCAUGCAUUACCUACAGAAAUACAGGUGACCCCGCUCAUUGAAGAUCUACAAUAUGUGAUUGUAAUGCAGCGAGCUCUUGCCGACCCUGAACAUGCCCUACCGCAGGCCAUUGUGCAACCCAAAUCCUUGGACUCGAUUCUUCGUUUCAUUGUCCGUGAAAAUAUGCUCGAAACAUACUGCGAGUCCCUCGCCCGCGACAAAAGCACCCGGCAUCUACUUGCCGCAUUCCCAUCUCUAGACGCAUCCCCAGACCAAAUCAACGUCUCUCUCGACACCCUCUUCAGCCUUCCUCCCAGCCACCUAGAUCCCAUCUUGAAGCACGCAAAGAAAUUCCUGCGAACAACCGGUGUCCGUGUCUUCACGCAUCGCGAACGCUACCUGCUCGAGCUUCUGGGUUACGCUAUCUGUCGGGAUCACAAAAGCGCUACGACAACGACACGAAAUGACACGAUAGAGCACGCUUAA